AUGUUGCCGCCAAAGAUACCAAGUCGUCGGCAUUUGUCCAUACAAAUGAACCAGGAGCUAAAGGCAAUGUUGCAACCGAUUCAUAUUCGAGCUUUCCACUUUCUACAACGCAGCUUGGGCUCUGGUCUGUCCUAUAAUUCGCACAUUGAACGCGAUGUGGUGCAUCCAAUUACGGACAUGGAGGCCUUUAUUAAUUUGCUGAAAUGCGCCUUUGGCACGGGCUGUCUGGCCAUGCCCAAAGCCUUCUACAAUGCCGGCUGGUUAUUGGGCUUGAUCAGCACAAUUCUGCUGGGUUCCUUUGUGGUUUAUGCCAUGCAUGUGCUGCUCAAUGAUAUUAACACUCUGUGCAAACGCUAUAAGUUUUCAGCGCUCAGCUACAGUGAGACCAUGGAAUUGGCCACUCUCCAUGGACCUGAUUGGUUGCAACCCUUCAGCAAGUGGCUGGCCUGCCAGGUGGAUUUCUUUCUGUGUGUCUAUCAUUUUGGCGUCGACUGUGUUUAUGUUGUGUUUAUAGCCAAGUGCAUGAAGGAAUUGGGCGAUAUUUAUCUAAGACCUAUCGAUAUACGACUUUAUAUGGCGCUGCUCACAUUGCCGCUCAUGUUAACAUUUUUCAUACGCGAUCUCAAGUAUCUUGUGCCAUUUUCUAUCAUUUCCAAUAUAUUCAUGUUAAUCAGUUUGAGUGUAAUUCUUAGAUAUAUAUUUGGUAAUCUGCCCAGUCUGGCAGAACGUCAGGCGUUUCAGGUGUGGACACAUUACCCCUUGUUCUUUGGCACUGUUCUAUUUGCCGUUGAGGCGGUGGGCGUGAUACUCUCACUGCAGCUCAAUAUGCUCAAUCCUGAUCACUAUUUGGGAACCUUUGGCAUACUAAAUCGCGCCAUGUUCAUUGUGAUUGCCUUCUAUGCGGCAUUUGGCUUUUUCGGUUAUUGGCAAUAUGGAGAUAAGACGGCCAGUUCAAUACUUAACAAUCUGCCAAUCAAUGAAGUCUUGCCUCAAUGUGUUUUGGCCAUGUUGGCAUUGGCCAUCUUUUUCAGUUAUGCUCUGCAGGGCUAUGUUACCAUUGAGAUUAUCUGGCGCAACUACAUGCUGCCCCGACUAAUGGAUAAUGCGACAAGAUCUCUGGAGUAUCUGGUGCGCAUGGCAAUGGUGAUUGCCUCGGUACUUUGUGCAAUUGCCUAUCCAGACUUUGGACUGCUGCUCUCGCUUGUGGGCUCCUUUUGUCUGGCCCAAGUGGGUCUUAUCUAUCCGGGCAUUGUCAAUCUCUCCGUCUGCUAUGACCAGGGCUAUGGUCCCUUCAAGCUUCUGCUCUGGCGUUCUCUCCUAUUUAUUGCUGUGGGUUUGUGUGGCGGCAUUGCUGGCACUGUGGUCUCAUUAACAGCAAUCCACGAGCAGUUAAGCAACAACAACAACAAUCGACUUUUGUUUUGAGGACUGUCAAUCAUGUUGGCAUUUGAUAUUUUAUUUACAUUCAGUCAAACAUUAAUUCUAUCUAAUAAUUGUAUUAAAUUUAUUUUAGUAAA